AUUGAUGAUUAAUUUUACAUGUUGAAACUUGAAAGGUCGAUAUAACCAACAAAAAUGACGCCACAAUCUAGUACGCUGCAGUACACCAUAAACUCCCUGUUUCUCUACUCUUCGAUUUUAUUUAUUUUUUCUUAUUUAGCAAUGUAAAUUGUAAAGACUGAGUGGAGACUCUGGUAGAGUUAUCACCUAUUCAUAUUCAUAGUAUACCCAAAGCCCAGAAAUCUCUUCUCUCUCCUCCUCAGGUCACACCUCUACUCGCCCUUCAAUGGCCUCCCUUCUCAAUACGCUUCCCUCUCUACGUUUAUCAAACAUCACCACUCAACGACUGCGGACUCCGCCAGUUUCGGUCUCGUUCACCAGGAGGAAUUUUUCGAUUAGGGCAGCUGAUACUGAUGCGGAGAAAGGAGUUAAAUCUACUGUUCCAGAUAAGGCACCAGCUAGUAGUAAUGGUUCAAGCAUAAACCAGCUUCUUGGUAUCAAAGGAGCCUCUCAAGAAUCUAACAAAUGGAAGAUUCGACUUCAGCUGACAAAGCCUGUAACUUGGCCUCCUUUAAUUUGGGGAGUAGUUUGUGGAGCUGCUGCUUCUGGAAACUUUCACUGGACUUUAGAGGAUGUUGCCAAAUCAAUCGUUUGUAUGAUGAUGUCUGGCCCAUUUCUCACAGGAUAUACACAGACAAUUAAUGACUGGUAUGACCGAGAUAUUGAUGCAAUUAACGAACCUUAUCGUCCAAUUCCUUCAGGAGCUAUAGCUGAGAAUGAGGUUAUUACUCAAAUUUGGGUUCUGCUUUUAGGAGGUCUUGGCCUGGCUGGUUUGUUAGAUGUUUGGGCUGGGCAUGACUUCCCUACAGUUUUUUAUCUAGCUUUGGGUGGAUCCUUGCUAUCAUAUAUAUACUCUGCUCCACCUUUGAAGCUGAAACAAAAUGGAUGGAUUGGAAAUUUUGCCCUGGGAGCUAGUUAUAUUAGUUUGCCAUGGUGGGCAGGUCAGGCUUUAUUUGGAACCCUUACACCUGAUAUAAUAGUUCUCACACUUCUGUACAGUAUAGCUGGGUUGGGUAUUGCCAUUGUCAAUGACUUCAAAAGUGUGGAAGGAGAUAGAGCACUGGGACUUCAGUCACUCCCUGUUGCUUUUGGUUCUGAAACUGCAAAGUGGAUUUGCGUUGGCGCGAUUGACAUAACUCAGUUAUCUGUGGCUGGUUAUCUGCUUGGGGCUGGCAAGCCAUACUAUGCCUUAGCUCUUCUUGCAUUGAUAGUACCACAAGUAUUUUUUCAGUUCAAGUACUUUCUCAAAGACCCAGUUAAGUAUGACGUCAAAUACCAGGCCAGUGCUCAACCAUUUCUGGUGCUUGGUCUAUUGGUGACUGCUUUAGCAACCAGCCAUUGAUAUUUUCCAAGAUCCUAAUUAUUUGAAUCCUUGUACUUUAGCACAACUGUAUGGUAAAUCAUUUAAUAGUUGAAGAGUUCUGACAGGUCAGUUUCAAGCUAUAGCAUAUGUUGUUUGUUUUGUUCUAAAAUUUUGUUCUCUUCCUUCUUUUAUUGUAUUAGAAUAAUAAUAAUAAUAAUAGAAUCCUAAUUUAUGUACCUGUUGUAAAUUGAAUUAAACAUCAAUAUAUUUGUUGUUUCC